AGCCAGCUCAAAAACCCGCCGCCCGGCGCAAGCGCGCUGCCCCUCCCCCCCCUGGUGGAGGGGCGGCGCCCGCGGGCGGAGGCAUGGCGCCCAAGAGGGUGGUGGCGAAAAGGAAGGCCCAGGCCAAGGCCGGGCCGCUCGCCGGGAGGGUGCAGGGCCUGCUGCCCCCCUCGCUGGCGGCCCCGCCGAAAGCGCCCGCGGCGGCCGCGCCGCCGCCCGCCGCGGCCGACGACCAGGGCUCGGACGACGACGCGCCCGAGGAGGUGCAGAACCUGCCGCAGUCCGCCGGCGCCGGAGCAGCGGAGGCCGCCAGCCCCGCCGCCGCCGCGCCGCCGACUGGGCGCCCGCGCGCGGCGCCGAAGGGCCGGAGAGGCGCCGCGGCGCCCGAGGCCAGCUCGAGGAAGAAGUACUUCUGGCAGGACUCGGGCUCGGACGGCGCCCUGACGGCGGUGCGGGAGGAAGACGCCAAGCGCCGACGCCCAAGGGAGAGAGGCGUCAAGGUCGAGAAGGAUGGCGUUGUCCUGGUCCCCGCCGACGGCCGCGCGACGGACGCGCCCUCCAUGACCGCCAGCGAGUUCGUGACGGCGGAGCUGUUUGAGCGGCGCAAGCGCACGCGAAGCCUCAAGGACCGGAACGACCGCAACGUCCUGGGCAAGAAGGUCGGCGCCCACUUCCGGUGACGCCGGCCACCGCCCUGCCCAAGCUGUGCCGCCACGCCCCAGCACGUUGGGGCCGUGUUUCUCGGCCAGCGUGCCUUGUCGUCGCAGCCUGCGUUGUCCUCCUUCCUCUCCUCCAUGGCGGUGUGAGCGAGUCCCGCGGCUGCCGCGCACCUGCGAUUUUGGCAGCAGUGAUUUGGAUCCCCCGCUGCUCGGCGGCUCCGGGCAUGCCCAGCGCGGCAUGCCGCGACCAGCACCUGGUUGGCACGAAGGCCAGCACUUGCCAGCACGUUGAUGUCGCUGGCUGAGGAAUUGGUAGGAGAACCAGAAGUGUUGAGGUAGACCCUGCAACAAAAAAAGCAUAAUAUCUCUUGGGCCGCCCAUUCCUGUACAGCUGCUUUCGACGAUUGUGCCGCGCGACGUUUCGGUUCCAGCGACUGUACGGGUCAAUAUUGAUCAGCGUUUGCCGUCUGAAGCUUGACCUCUGGGC